UUGGCAACAGUUUACUGGUUAUAUUAACCGUGAGUUUGGACGAAAUGAAAAUUCAGACAUGAAUUUCGACGCCGGUGAUAUUAAUAUUUCUUACAUAGGUCGUUCUGAGUUGUACAAUGUUUUAUCAUCACAGGGAAUUCGCGCCGCAGAAUUCAAGACUGGUGUUUUGAUGUAUGUGUAUAUAGAAGAACAAUGGCCAUAUGUACCCUACAGCAGCUCGGCAGAAAUAGCUGCAUGUAUCCAUGCUGCAGGCGGUUAUGUACUGCAUCAGACAGAUUGCACGAUUCUGACUGAGUGGGUGGAGGAGAACGUGCAGAUGAGUGACACCUUAUCUCAGGUUGUCCAAUGUGCUUACAAAAUUCUGGAAGUGUGCAAACUCCAAAGGAUAAAGAAUAUCAGUGAGCGAUAUGUCAAAAUAGCAUUAUCAACUGGGGGGUUCACCAAAAUGAGAAUAAUAAAUAAAAAGAUACCAUGUUGUGCUGUCUUUGGCCCGGCUGUGGAAGAGCUACGAUCGGCACAGGCGCUGCUGAAGCAUGGCGACAUCGUUCUGUGCCCUGAAGCAUGGCCGUUCUGCGGCAGACAAAACCUUACUGUCAAACAUACUGAAAAUGAAGAAGCUGUCAAGGUGCGAUGCAGCAAGGAACAGCAGAGUAACGUUCACAUCCAUAUAAACCCCAAGAUAACAUACUUAAUAACAAAUAAGGAGAGAGAAACCUUCAUUCGAGAAUUCAUGACGGAUAAAGUCUGGGAAAACAUACGUGACAGCCGGCUAUGGGAAGCCCACGAUCAUUCCCUUCCAGAGAUAUGGCCUACCACCAUCAUGUUCGUGAAUCUGCAAUUCGUGCUGACUCAGACGGAUCUGAGAUUCGGUCAUCACGAAGUCAGCGAAACUAUUGCAGAGCAGAUGUUCAGGUGCCGUGGGAAAAUCUGCGAUGUCUUCUUUUUUGAUGAGGGCUGUAUAUUUGUGUGUGCCAUUGGCUUACCUGGGGAUAAGAGACCGGAUAAGAUUGCUCAAGCACUGCAGGCUGUCUGCCGGAUAUAUGAGACGUGCCGCCAACAAAUCGACAGUGUUUCGUGUAUCUCUGUAGGCGUAGCUACAGGAAGAGUCGAGUACGAGUUUCAGAAGACCCCUUUGAGAGAAUGUUGCAGAGUGUCCGGACAUACAGUGCAUAAGGCUGCAGUGUUGUCGCUUGAAAACCCGGGGGUUGUGUCAUGGGAUAAGCCGACCAAACUUUACUCCAUGCUGCCUCUUUCAACCUUCAAUCCUGAAGAGACGAACCGUCAGCAUUUGAAGAUGUAUCUUCAUGUCGAUGUAAAGCAGAUGCUUGCUCAUGAACCUGAAUUGUCAUCCGGUGAGACGGUCGGCAAGCGAUUGGCGUUAGCUAACAUGCUGACAAUGCCGGACAAAGAGCUGGAGGUGGUGAAAUGUGCCUCUGUUAUUGGCUACUUCACCGACGACAACUUCACCUUUGAGCUGCUGAAGUACAUGCUGCCUCAUAUGAAUGAACAGGAGCUCAUAAUCCUCCUGAGAUCACUGUUUAAAGCGGGCAUCUUCAAGUGUGCCUCAGAGCCCAGGAACGUCUCAUCAACCACGACCUGUUACUGCGAGAACAGCUGCGAAGAGUACAUUCGGUUCUCAGUGGAGCCUGUGUGGCCGUGUCGGAAGAUGAGUUUCUGCAACAUUGAUGAAAAGAAGAUGGUGUAUGAGCAGCUACGAUUGGAAGAGACACAAUUCCGUGAGAUCCACAAGUACUGUGCCACAUUCCUGGAGAAAACGCCCUACCACUGCAGCAAGUGCAAAGCCAAGAAUUUCCAUUUGAGACACAAAGUAGCCAUAUAUUACGAUGGAAAGCAUGUCCAGGAGCUCUACAAGGAAAUGCAGCAUUAUAAGAUCUUUCGGCGCCAAGGCAUUCGCUCUCGAAGUCGGGUGUACCCAACUGAAGGAAAUGGUAAUGAUACAGAGAACUUCCUGGCCAAGGUGAAGUCAGGACUGACGGAAGCACGUGAUAGGACGACCGCAGGCAGCUGUGAGUGUGCUCAGCUAGUGGAGACAGUACUCAUCCUUAGACUGAGACACUGGAGGUGUACAGGAGACGUGCCCAGGACAUUUUGGCACCUGGUGGAGAGUGCAGCUGCCUGUGUAUAUCUUCAGAAUGAUGCUAGGGCGUUGGAGUAUUUGACUGAGGCCAAGUGCAUUCUGGAGAAAUUAAAAGAAGGGAAGCCUGUAGAUCCUGGAAACGUGCAAAUCUGUGAAAUUCAGCAAGCGUUUGUGCAUCGGCUCACGGGAGAGAUUCUGUUUAAAGCAGGGAAACUUCUGGAGGCAGAGGAGAAUUUUAAGGAAGCCUUGAAGAUCCUGAACUGCAAACUUCCUCGCAAUUCUGUUGCACAAUCCUUUAAGCUCAGAUACGAGAAGCUGAAGAAACUCCAUUACCGGUCCAAACAGUUCCAGAUCCUAGAGGAAAGAAAGCUAGACUGUCUGCAGGAAUGCUUCGGUUGUCUGUCUUUCCUGUGGCAAAUCGGCUGCAUGCGUGGCCGGCUCAGGAGUGCAUCGCUGGCCAUCACCAUGGAAAUCAAUCUUGCCUUCCAGAGCGUCAAUCCGUUCAUGAUCCUCUACUCCGUCAUCGACUAUCUCAAGUACAGUCAGUUUAUAGGCGAGGAGAGCGGGUGCAAGCGUCUCGAAGCCUUCCUGUGCAGGACUUGUGCCAGCCUGUCAGACGACCGUGAGGGACGGAGGCUGGUCAGCCACUUGACUCGAACCCUUGCCGUCGUUAAAAUGUGCACAGGGGACCUGGAGCAAUCCAUCGAGUGCACUAUGCGAGCUCAGCAACUGAGUGAAGUCCAGAACAGACCCGGUUUGGACGCGAGGACCACAGCUGCAUUACAUCUGCCUCUGCUCCUCACUGACAGAUACAGCGAGAGUGUGCGGCAGAUCCAGACUUUGGAGAAUCUGAGCAAAGAAAUGUCGAGCAGCGUAGCUAAGGGCUGGUUUUAUGCUGCCUGCAUGAACUUCUUGCUGUAUGCUGGAUUUGCAUUCAGGCCAUUCGAGGAGUGUUUGGCUUUCGUGGAAGAGUCUCGGUCAGAUGCGAACCUAGAAGCUGAUAAGAGUCUGAUGCUGCAUCUUUACUCUGCAGUGGCUCUGUGGUAUGCACGGCUGGAAAAUUGGGCGAAGUCUGCAGUCUUCUUUGAUAAGGCGUAUAAAGUGUACGCUCAGAUUCCAACCUCCAUUGAGUCCAUCAGUGGUGUGGUCAUGCUCCUGGAGUGCAGCGUCCUACUCUUCAGGAAAGAACUGACUGAAUGCAACCGUCAAAGAAGGAUUACGCUUGAAAGAGCACGAAAGAUGUUUUCAGACUUCACACAACGAUUUGGAAGAAAUCACAUCUUCGCCCCGCGUGUGUUGGACCUGAAUGCUUACCUGCACCAGCUGACUGGAAGGAAAACGCAGGCGCAGGACCUCCUCAAGGAAGCUCUGGUGCUGUGUGAGAAACAGGGCAACCUUCUAGACCAGAUGUGGAUCAGGGAGAGCCAGGCUGACUGCUCUGGUGCAUGCAGCCACACUCCAGCGGAGUGGUCUACAGCUGUUCUGAGCAUGCCCAGAUGGGACAAAGCAGCAAAACUCCAGCCUGAGGAGCUGCUUGACUAUCGCUUCCACUUGAAACAAGCAGAGUUGCGCUUGAGUUUUACAUUUACAGACUGAAGACCGGACAUUCUCCUUUAGGAAGAAAGCAGAAUUCAUGUUUACCUCAAUUAUUGCAAGUUGUCCAGGCGCUGAAGCAGGAAAGCAUCCCCACACCAUCACGCUUCCACCACUACCAUGUUUGACUGUAGAUAUGAUGUACUUUUUGUGGAAUUCGGUGUUUGGUGUCCGCCAGAUGUAACAGGACCCCUGUCUUCCAAACAGUUCCAAUUUCAGUCCACACAACAUUCUCUCAAAAGGUUUGAAGGUGUGUUUUGGCAAAAUUCAGAUGAGCCUUCAUUGAUGCAAAAGAGGCCUGUAGGUCCUUUGAUGUUGCCCUUGGCUCUUUUGUGACUUCCUGGAUAAGUUGUUGCUGUGCUCUUGUCGGAAAUUUGGAAAUUUGUCACAGGUAUGAUAAAAGCUUGAAAAUUAGGCUCUGUCGAAUAAUUGCAAUAAAUCCCAAUUUACACAAUUAAUCCAGGUUGUGAUGGACCAAGCAGUCAAGGCAAGGAACGCAGGAUUUCCAAACAAAAAAUAAUUUAUUAAAUGCAAACCAAUCAAAGUUACAAGUUAAAUUGCUAAAAAAAAUAAAAUAAAAAAAAAAACCCAACUGAAUGAACAUAACGUCAGGUCUGGGCCCAUAAAAAGGGUCAACUACACAGAACCAAACAACAAUAAUCAAAAAUAAAUAAUCAUAACAACUAAACAACAACAAAAAAUCACUUCCCAAGCCACACACAAGGGGACCUUAUAUACACAAAGGACUAGUCCAUUACACACACAGAGAAUAACACUAACAUUUAGUAACACAAUUAGAGUAAAUAAACUAAUUCAUUUAAGAAAGAUAACGAAAUGAUUCAUGAACAAACAAAUGAGUAAUAUACACAUCAAAUAAUUAUAGUAAACAAAAAUAAACACAAUCCUACCCCCCGCAUGAAAAUACAUAUUGGAAAUAACAAUGAAACCGCACCCAAAUCUGUAUCUGUCAUUAUUAUGAACUAUAUGGCAUGAUCUGCAGCACGUUUAACCAUGAAACACUAAAAGGCAACCGGAAUUAACGUGCAAAGAAAGAAAAAAGAAGGAUGUAUCCGUGUGUGUUGUUUAGUUACCGUCUUACUGUGUGCCCCCCUCCCUUUGUACAGCAAAGUGCAAUAAAAUAUACAACAUUUUAAAGU